CUCAUUUGGAAGUUUGCAAAUCCGGUGACAAAACGCAGACAUUCUAUAGUGAACUUCAAACUUAUUGACGGCCAGGAGAAGGAUAGACUUCAUGUGGCCAUCACUGGCAAGACAUUCAAGAUAUUGCGCGACUAUUACCCGGAUUUGCUCAAAAAAGUGGCCAUAAGAGGAACCGUAUUCGCACGUAUGGCACCCGAACAGAAGCAACAACUCGUUGAGCUUUUGCAAGAAUUGGGAUAUAUUGUGGGAAUGUGCGGCGAUGGGGCCAAUGAUAUGGCGAGCCUAAAGCAGGCGCACGCGGGGGUCAGCUUAUCUGAGGCGGAGGCGUCGGUCGCGUCGCCCUUCACGUCGAAAACGCCAAACAUAUCGUGUAUACCAAUCCUCAUACGCGAAGGCCGGGCCUCUAUUGUCACCUCAUUUGGUAUAUUGAAAUACAUGGCGUUAUACAGUUUGACACAAUUCUUCUCGGUUAUAAUCCUCUACACCUUUUAUUCCAAUUUGACUGAUAAAGAGUUUUUAUACGAAGAUCUCUUUCUCAUUACUCUCUUUGUCACACUCUGUAAGACAAUGACAAUCGAACUGUUUCAUUUGAUGUCUGAAUUAGUCGGUCGUACGGAAGCGUUCGAUCAGUUGAACCGAAAGCCUCCGCCUUCUUCUCUCAUCGGAAUCACUCCAUUGUCUUCCAUAGCAUUGCAGAUACUUUUGGUGGCAUUCAUACAAGUGAUUGCUAUUGUAAUCGUAUGGCAACAGUACUGGUAUAGACCGCAUAAGACCAGCGAUCCAGAAGACCUCAAAAGUCAUGACAAUUACGCCAUCUUCGCCUCUUCCGUCUUCCAGUACAUCACUCUUUCCGUUGUCUUUUCGAAGGGAGCGCCUUAUCGGAGGCCUAUCUAUACCAAUCGCUUAUUUACCACGAGUUUGGUUGCUAUGAGUGCAUUGAGCGCCUAUUUAGUGAUAUAUCCGGCCGAUAGUAUUGCCGAAUUCCUUGAGCUGGACGUCGAGGCUAUUCCGCUAAACUUUCGCGUAUUAAUGGUGUUGUUAUCCAUCGCUCACUUUAUCCUUGCCUUCUUUGCUGAGCUGGACGUCGAGGCUAUUCCGCUAAACUUUCGCGUAUUAAUGGUGUUGUUAUCCAUCGCUCACUUUAUCCUUGCCUUCUUUGCUGAGUCAUUUAUUGUCGAUUAUUUGGUAUUCAAAAAGUUCCGGAAAUGGUUUCCAGCAUUAGUUCCGUCCGAAUCUCUAUUUAAGAAGAUUGACAACGAGACCAAACGCAGCACCCGAUGGCUGCCCAACCCAUUGGCCUCCUAUGCAAAGCCUCACCGACGGAAUGGGUCGACACUGUCCUCCUCUACUAAUCAGAUGGGAACUGACGUAAUCAGCAAAAGCUCUCCGCCUGAGUCCGGCGUUUGGACUCAAUCUCAGGCCUCUGGUCACUCGACAUCACCAUCGGAUCCAAUGGCUCGCGAAUUGUCGGCCACUUGUGUCACACAGAUCUUGCCGUUAGUGCCGUUGAGGUCCACAUCGGAGGCCAUUCAAGAGGAGACCAAUCUGUGUCCGAUUCGCUGCCGAUUCUCCUCCGAUACCGUCGAUCAGUACUUAUGGAUCAUUAAAGGCUCGCAAUUGAACAUAAUAUCAGUGAACCCGAAGAAUGUGUCGAAUCAGAGACAAUUGGGAUCAAUUGAUUUCGCGCAAGUCUUCGACGACAGUAAUAUCAAGAUAUUAAAUGUAUUGCAAUUAAUGGACUCUUUUGAGACAUCGGCUAAAAUCAGAGCGCGUUAUGCGUCAACACUUCCAACACUUCCAGCGAUGGCCUACUCUUCGUAUUACGGGGGGAAUCGACGCGACAACAACACUGAGUCGGGAAUGUAUGCCAGAGACGGGUCACCCCCUCGACAGCAGUCAUACGGUGGCCGGCGAUCGCCACAAAUGGGUCGCAUCCCGAAGAUCAACCCGACCUCUUCGUUGGACGACUUGAGGUCAGAGUUCAAUCGCAUCACUGAUGACACGCCGCUGAAGGUGGAGGACAUGACGUGGGAGAAGAUGGGCACUAAAGUGCAGGACAUCCUCGAGAAGAGAACCAACGAUCCCAACAAUGAGGGCGAACAGGUAUUUCCGGCGCCGAUGCGGAGGAAGAAUAGAGAUAAGAGAGAUAUGCCGUUGAUUAUCAACGGAAACAUAGUUCCGCGCAAAGACGCGCUUCUCAUUGAUCUGGUAUUGAACAAUAAGUCCACUCUUGACGCCCAACUCACUCUCACUAAACACCCAGUCGUUGGACUCGAGUAUAUGAUUGAGUACAUCGAUCCCGAGGGUAUGUCUCCCCGGAUCUACUACUGCCGGCUCUGCAAACAGUUCAAUACGUGCGCUUCGGUUAUGGAACACGUGACCGGUUAUAACCAUCGCGUCCGCUUCAUUGCGAACAAAUACCCAAAUCAGGCGAAGACUUAUCUGUUGCCCGACGGCCGUCGAGCCAAUCGUAACGUUGCGCUCAUGCGUAUGGCUCAGGGAAGAGCUCAAGAGUUGGAGCUCGUGUACGGCAGAGGAGACUUCGAGAUCAGACACGAGAAGGUGACCAUUCCUGAUGAGACUCAGGUCGAUGUCGAGUCCGACAUCAUUACUGUCGAGUCGGGCCAACAGACAGAAGUGCUGAAACAGGCUCUCAAGCAGAUCAAGGCCUGCAAACUGGAGGGCGACGAAGACAUUCGUGUCGCCAAACAGAUCAUCAAUGAUUUGACUGACGCUAUCAUUGAAUACAAACAGUCGGUUCAGGAGAAGCAGAUGAACGCCGGAAUCAAUACAUUGAUCCAACAGGGAAGAAACUAUUGAACCAAUGACUCAUUAAGUCCAACAAUAGUUGCAUCACUUUAUUGUGACAUUUUGUGUUUAGCCUCACAAACACUUAUUUUCUAUAUUUUUCCCUAUUUUUGUGUCAACUCUUUGUCCGGAAUUACUAUCAGAUAAUUAUAAUUUCAAUUG